CGUGUGUGCUGACUCUGAUCCGAAUUUAUCCACAGCCUUUCCCGGUCUCCGAUCGAAUAUAACAUUUUCUCUCUCCCGUCCCAUUCCAUUUUCCUGGAAAAGAAAACGCAAGAAAACUCCACACCCGAAGCGAAUUCCCCAACACGCAGUACAACUACUCGCCACCAAUUCCAUCUCGGUAAGAACCCAUCUGAUCAUCGACGCCAGCGAGUGAGAUUCCGCCGGAAAGAAAAACGAAUACUUUGCCGGAGAUUUCAGAGAAGGAAAGAGAAGGUUUGCGGCGAAGUAUGAGCAAAUACGACGACGAUGACGACGACCCAGGUGGGGAAACCGGGUCAAAAGCGCGUGGGAUCCCUCCAUAUGGGUCGUCUUCUUCAUUUUCUUCUCUGCCAUCGCUGAAGCAUUUCCACAGGGAUUUGCUUGCCGGUGCGAUGAUGGGGGGUGUAGUUCACACGAUCGUGGCUCCGAUUGAGCGGGCAAAGCUUCUGUUGCAGACCCAAGAGAGCAAUCUCUCCAUAGUCGGUGAUGGCAGCGGCGGCGGGAGGAGGAGGUUCAAGGGAAUGUUCGAUUGCAUCUUCCGUACUGUCAGAGAAGAUGGGUUCCUGUCUCUGUGGAGAGGCAAUGGAAGCAGCGUUCUUCGCUAUUACCCUUCUGUGGCGCUCAAUUUCUCGCUCAAGGAUCUCUACAGAAACAUUCUGAGAAACAGCAGCUCCGAAGAAAAUCAUAUUUUUGCCGGUGCGUCAGCCAACUUCGCUGCUGGAGCUGCAGCUGGAUGCACAACACUAAUAGUAGUAUACCCGCUUGAUAUAGCGCAUACCCGCUUGGCCGCUGACAUAGGAAAACCCGGGGUACGCCAAUUCAGAGGAAUCUGCCAUUUCCUAUCAACAAUCCAUAAGAAAGACGGGUUUCGGGGAAUCUACAGAGGCCUUCCUGCCUCUCUACACGGGAUAAUCGUACACCGAGGCCUCUAUUUCGGGGGUUUUGACACGAUGAAGGAGAUCUUCUCGGAAGAGUCAAAACCGGAACUGGCACUGUGGAAGAGAUGGAUAUUGGCUCAGGCGGUGACGACGUCUGCAGGGUUGGUUUCCUACCCGCUAGAUACAGUUCGAAGACGGAUGAUGAUGCAAUCUGGAGCGGACCGCCCAAUGUACCGUGGCACGCUGGAGUGCUGGAAGAAGAUAUAUACGAGCGAGGGGGCGGUUUCCUUUUACCGAGGAGCGGUUUCAAACAUGUUUAGGAGUACAGGCUCAGCUGCUAUCUUGGUUUUGUACGAUGAAGUCAAGAAGUUCUUGAACUGGGGAGGCCUGUAGCGGCAGCAAGGGCAAGGAAUUAGGGUAAAUACAAAACAGAAACGAUGAUAGAGAUUCGUUUUUUGAUAUACAGACAUUUGAACUAGAGACAGAAGAUCGAUGUAGGAAAUAUAUCAGGUGAUGAUGAUGAUGAUGAUAUUCAUUUGCCAUGUUGGGUUUUGAAGAUGUGGCAAAAACACUUUCACCUUUGAUUCUUUGAUCUUUUUGUUGAAACUUGAUCUCUUAAUCGUUUUCAGUUCUCCAUUUA